AUGUAUUAUCCAACUAAGGAAGAAUUUAUUAAAGAUUUUGAUUUUUCAAACCCUGUUCGCUUAGGAUAAGGUGCAUUUGGAAAAGUGUAUAAAUUGUUAUGCAAAAGCGAUAAUUCUCCUUUAGAAAAAGGGAAAUAUUAUGCAGCAAAACAAAUAGAAGUUAUAAAUGAAUAGAUGUUUAACAAAAUUUAAAAUGAGUUUAAAAUUAAUUAGCUCAUUAACAUGCAUCCAAAUGUUAUAAAUGUUGUAAAAGUCUAUGCUUGGCAAGAAUUAAUGCCAAAAAAAUUUAGUCUUCUUUUAGUAAUGGAAUUAGCAGAUCGUAGCUUAUAAAAAGAAAUUCAUACAAGAAAACAAGAAAGAUCAUAUUUUUCAGCUUUUUAAUUGCUUGAGUUAUUUAAGAAAUGUCUAUUAACAUUUUCAACACUUGUUGAAUAAAAAUAAAUUUUUCAUAGGUAAAAUAAUUGAUAUUAAUUUUUUAGAGAUAUCAAACCAGAAAAUAUCCUAAUACUUGAAGCUGAUAAUUUAAUUCCAAAAAUCACAGAUUUUGGAGUUUCAAAGAGUUUGCAUGAAUUGAAUAUUUAGGAAAGUUUAAAAAAUACUAUAGUUGGAACUCCAGUCUAUUUUUCUCCAAUUUUGUGGAAUGCAUUUGUUACUAGAUCUGAAUAGCCAAGUUAAAUUGAAAAAAUAAAACACGAUUUAGAAAAAUCUGAUAUCUUUUCACUUGGCUUAACUUUUCUUCAAUGUACAUUACUGUUAACAACUGAGAUCGUUGGACUUAAUAUGGUAUAUGACAAAUAAUAAUGAUCUAAGGUAGAAUAAAAAAAUAAGAAAAACAUGUUUUUAGAUAAAAUAGAAAAUAUCAGAAUUAGAAAUUUAAUUACAGAUAUGCUUNAAAUUAAGAUUAUUUUAGAAUAAAUGAAUAUCUUAAAUAUCAAAAUAUUUUUAGUUAAUUUCUGA